AUGAAGCCUGUCUACAUCUCUGCGAUGUUCCUGUACCUUUUCGCCGCCCAGGCAGAACACCACAAUUCUGCGCGUAAGACGACCGCCAUUGCUACCGCUGCUCGUCUCCAUGCUCGCAUGCUGUUUGCUGUCAUGGAGAGUUUCCGCAGUGCUGUUCGGACGGGCAGUAUUGCUACUGUUGUGAGGAGUGAAGGUGUAUUAUCCAGGUAG